AUGUGGCAUGAGUUUGUUUGUGUAUGUGCAGUUCACGGUUGUACGAGGGCUGGGAUACUGCCAGGGUGCCCACACCUAGACAGGAGGACGAUUAGGGUCCUCAACCAAAGCCUUUGGCUCAAAAGCCUAACCUCAAGGCAGUGGUGUUUGGCGGGAAAUGCGAAUGCAUUACCAUUUCUACAGAACAAGUCGCCACAUGUUCCAACCCCCAACCUGGAGGGCCAGGAGACUGUGUUCGUCAGACCUCUACCCAUGGACCAACCUGGUAUGAGAGACUCUCUCAAUGGAUCGCUGAGGUGCGCAAACCGUCACAUCACGGUAAGGUCCAGUCUCUUCGUGACGGUUAUUUACCGGUUCAUUUACCUACUCCUGGACAGUCAGCUGCCCAGUAAACAUGACUGGGUUCUGAGAUAUGUCUGUGAUUACAUUGACUCAUCAGAUUUGACACUCCCAAUCCCCACCACCUCAUUAAAGGAACUACUCCUUCGCUGUACUUUCAACACGCAACUCCAAUUUAACUCUGCACUCUACAGUCAAAUCGAUGAAGUCGCCAUGGGUUCUCCUCUUGGCCCCCUGUUGAGUGACAUUUUUGUGGGAAAACUGGAGCGUCGUCAAGUGAAUGGGAGAUUAGGUGCACGCACUUCUAUCGAAGGCACGUAG